UCUUCCUUACAGAAAAAAAAACACUCUUCGAAGUUCUAAAUCUUCCCCGAGACGGCUCUCUCUCUCUCUCUCUACAAAAUUCCCAAUUUUUUUUUCCCCUUUCAAAAAAAAAAAACGAAGAAAUCUCUGUUUUUUUUUCGUUUUCUACUUCUGAUUCAAGUCAAUCUUCUCUGUUCAAAUCUGGAUUUAAAAAAAAAAAAAUCAUUUGGAAUAAACCCCAAGUUUCGAUCUUCUCCACCCAGAUGAAACCCUAAUCUCUCCAUUAAAAGAAAAAAAGAAAAAGAAAAAUGCAGGAAUCGGGUUUUAAUCCGAAGACGUUUUUGGGUGUUCGAUUCGCUCUCGUUGGAUUCAAUCCCACCCAUGGGAACUCGUUACGGUCCAAGCUUGUGAGUGGUGGUGGCGUUGAUGUUGGCCAAUGCUCUCAAUCAUGUACUCACCUCAUCGUAGAUAAGCUUGUAUAUGAUGAUCCGAUUUGCGUAGCUGCUCGAAGCAGCGGGAAGGUGGUUGUCACAGGGUCAUGGGUUGAUCACAGCUUCGACACUGGAAUGCUGGUUCAUGCCAAUUCGGUUUUGUAUAGGCCUCUUAGAGAUUUGAAUGGGGUUCCAGGUUCCAAAACCUUAGUUGUGUGCUUGACCGGGUACCAAGGCCAAGAUAGAGAAGACAUUAUGGCAAUGGUUGAUUUGAUGGGUGGGCACUUCUCUAAGCCCUUGGUUGCAAACCGAGUCACCCAUCUUAUAUGCUACAAGUUUGAGGGAGAAAAGUAUGAGCUAGCCAAGCGGAUGAAGAGGAUUAAAGUAGUGAAUCACCGGUGGUUAGAGGACUGCUUAAAGAAUUGGAAGCUCCUUCCUGAGGUUGAGUACGAGAUAAGUGGCCAAAACGGUUCUCUGCAAAUGGAUGACAAGGGCCUAAAAGCUUUGACUUCCUUUAGUAUCUCUGCAUCGAAAUCUGGUUCUUCACUGGAAAGAAAAACACUGUUUAACGAUCUUGACAAGGUUGAUAAGUUGCAUGGCGGGGAGUCCCCUUCGGUGGUGCCUCAGGCGCAAUUUACAGAUGGAUCUGUCAGUAGCAAUGAUUCACAGAAGGUACACCACAACAGCGAGGCAAGCAUUCCACCACCGACUAGUUUGUUAUUGCAGGAAUUAAGACCAAGUUCGCCUGACGAAAACAACCUUAGGCCUGUGACUAGCAUUAAUGAUCCAGCUGAAAGUGGGGAAUUUGGCCAUAAGUCACCCGACACUAAACUGUUGAGCUCAAAUGUGGUACACAUGGUAGAUGCUCUUUCAACUGCGGAGAAUAUCAUUUCAAACUGUGCACGGGAUGAAAUACAGGAGAGAUCAUUGACUGAGCCAAUGGUGGGAAAUGUCUUAUUUCAUGAACCAAUAUCAGGCUCGCCUAAGCAAAACCUUAGGGUUGUGCCAAACCUCAGUGACCACGCUGGAGGCAGGGAAGCUGCAGAUAAGUUGGAUCUGAGUGAUUCAGCAGCUAGGUUGUUCAAUUCAGGUGUUGUUCCCAUGGAAGCUGAUAUUUUGAUUCCAGAAAAUUCUACUAUGAAGGGUGCAUUGGAUGAAGUACCUGAAAGAUCUGUAACUGAGCCUCUGAUGAAGACCUCUCCUGGGUCGGGUUUAAUUGGAUUGAAAGACAAGCAAGAAACAGAGCUGCCCAAAAAGAAAACAGCUCCAAAAAAGAGCCUAGGCAUCAGAGGCAGGAAAAAGAACUCCAUUAACCAAAAGGGAUCAAUAUACUUGAGCGAACCUACCCCAAAGGAUGAGCCCGAUGAUUGUCUAAACAAAGGAAAAGUUUCAGCGCCAGUAACGGCUAAUAGCAUUCAGAAGGAGUUAUCAAGCCCUGGCCUAAAUACUGAGGUUGUACCAGAAAUGGCAAAACAUAUUGUCUCAGAGACUGAAGCCUUCCAGGGAAUUGACUCUCUAGAUAAUAGAUCUUUAGUCCCAGAAGAGAAAGACCAUCUUGGGUUGGAUCUGAUGGUGAACCAAGGUAAGCUGCAGGCUAAGACCCCAGAGGAAGUUGAUGUAGAUGUGGAAACUAAGGUGCUAACACCCGAGCUUACUGAUGUUCCAGUUGAAGAUCCAAGUGAUUCGUUACAAUUAGAGGUUGGUAAGAUUAAAAGUAAACGCAUAAGGGAGGCUACUGUAUGCAAAAAUAGCCUUCAAAGUGGGAAGAAAGAAAGCUCUUCUACAGUCGAAGUAGGAAAAUCCAGUGUCAAGAAGACCAAAAAAUCUAAAAAAGAACAUGAUACAGAAGCAAUCGGUACUCUGAUGAAAGAUAUAGGGGAUAACUCUGCGGAUGACAAGGAUAACUUAGCAUUGGAACGUAAAUCUGCCAAGGUCAGUUCUGGUGGAGACCAAGGCCCAGUUGAGGGAGAAACAUUAGGAAGAAAGGAAGGUGCAACUAAAGAUCCAAGCGAUGCUGAAGUGAGAUCUGAGGUUGAUACGAAUAAAGGUAAACGCAGAAAAGAGGCCAUUGCAGAAGAAAAUAGGCUUCAAAAACCUAGUGUCAAAAAGGCGAAAAAUUCUAGAAAAGAAGAUGGCGCCAAAGCAAACAAUACUGUUAUGAAUGAUACAUGGAAUAGCUCUGCCGAAGUGCAGGAGAAUGUAGCAGUAGAUAAUAAAUCUGGAGAUGUCAGUUCUGAUGGAGCUCAAAGCCUGGUUGCGGGGAAACUACUAGCUAGAAAGGAGUCUGCAGCUAAGGACUCAAGUAAUGCUGCAAUGCAGUUAGAGGUCGAUAAGAAUAAAGCCAUUGUAGAAAGAAGUAGCCUUCAAAGUGGAAAGAUAGGAAGUUCUGCUACAGUUGAAGUAGGAAAAUCCAGCGUUAAGAAGACUAAAAAAUCGAAAAAAGGAAGUGGCGCUAAAACAACCGACACAGUGAUGAACGAUAUAGGGGAUGACUCUGCAAAAGAGAAGGAGAACAUUGCAGCGGAUAAUAAAUCUGGGAAGGUCGGUUCUGGUGGAGAGCAAAGCCCGGUUUCAGGAAAAGCAUUAGCAAGAAAGAAAGUUGCAAAGUCAGCUACAACAGGUACAAAGGUGGAUAAAGAGUCUAAGCAGCUGAGGGUUAAGCCCUUGGCUAGUAGAAAUGUCUUGCAGGACCAAGAACAUGAGCCGAAGUUUUUUAUUGUCAGUGGUCCUAGGUCCCAGAGAAACCAAUAUCAGCAGAUCAUUAGGCGUUUAAAAGGAAAAUGUUGCCGAGAUUCUCAUCAGUGGUCUUAUCAAGCAACACAUUUCAUUGCUCCUGAAAUCCGUAGGACUGAAAAGUUUUUUGCUGCUGCUGCAUCUGGAAGUUGGAUUCUGAAGACUGACUAUGUGGCUGAUUCAAAGGAAGCUGGGAAACUAUUACCAGAGGAGCCUUAUGAAUGGCACAGCACUGGUCUUAGUGCUGAUGGUGCGAUAAACCUCGAGUCCCCAAGGAAAUGGCGGCUCGUCAGGGAGCAAACAGGACAUGGUGCUUUAUAUGGAGUGCGCAUUGUUGUAUACGGUGACUGCACCAUCCCUUCUCUGGAUACAUUAAAGCGAGCUGUGAAAGCUGGGGAUGGUAUGAUCCUAGCAACCGCACCUCCUUACACGCGUUUCUUGAAUCAAAACACCGAUUUUGCGUUGAUAAGCCCCGGGAUACCGCGGGAUGACGUCUGGAUCCAAGAGUUUAUACGCCAUGAAAUCCCUUGCGUCCUCUCCGAUUACCUGGUGGAGUACGUUUGUAAACCUGGAUACGCACUUGACAAGCACGUGCUCUACAACACGAACUCAUGGGCAGAAAGGUCGUUUAAUAAGAUGCAGCUUAGUGCAGAUGUGUGUACCAUUUAACUUAAAAAGGUAGAUGAAUGGAUUUUUUUUAAUGCAAAUGUGGCAAAAAUAAAAGAAAAUAAGUGCUUUUUAUUAAUCGUAAAAGAAUAAGUGAGCCGCGUGUAUAUCUAGAGAGCAACAAACUGUGACGAUCAUAUAA